CUGACGGCGUUUUUUCCUCAGUCGAAAAUUUUUCGUAUCAGACAUUGUUUGUGCGGUUUGCAUAAAUAUUUUUCCAAGUAAAUAUUACUUGCUAUCGGAUUUAUUCAGUAUGUGUCGUACCAACAUAUAGCGAUUAUUUCAUCAAACCGUGAACAUUUCACAUUUGUUUUGUGUUAAAGUGUUGUUUCGGAAAUAAUCAAAAUGAGGCUGGCGGGCACGAUUUUUUCGAAUGUAACCAAAAUGUUGGACUUUUACUCACAAUUCAACCCAUCUCCGCUCUCAAUAAAGCAGUUCAUUGAUUUUGGGUUGAACGCGUGCGAAAGAAAAUCCUAUCUGUUCCUAAGAAAGGAGCUACCAGUCAGGCUAGCGAACAUCAUGAAGGAAAUAGCUUUGCUACCGGACAAUCUGCUCCGGAUGCCGUCAGUGGGGCUGGUGAACCAGUGGUACGAGCGUUCCUUUGAGGAGAUCAUCGAGUUUGAGAAGAAGGAACCCGAACCGCCAGUGCUGGACCAGUUCUGUGAAAGAUUGGUCCACAUUCGCAACAGACACGCAGACGUGGUCCAAACGAUGGCCCAGGGCGUUUUGGAGCUAAAGGAGUCCCAUGAAGUCGAUCCUGGCAUCGAAAACUCGAUACAAUACUUCCUGGAUCGAUUCUACAUGAGCCGGAUAUCGAUACGGAUGCUCAUCAACCAACACACGCUAUUGUUCGGCGAGCAGCUCGGCUCGCGGCAGGCGUCCGUCAACGGCAUGGGCAAUGGCGGCAGACACAUCGGCUCCAUCGAUCCCGCGUGCGACGUGGUCGCAGUUGUACGCGACGCGUACGAAAACGCGCGGUUUCUGUGCGACCGCUACUACCUUGCCUCGCCUGACCUCGAGCUGAUGCAGCAUGGACGGCCAAGUGACCAGCCAAUGCCGAUAGUGUAUGUGCCAUCGCACCUAUACCACAUGCUGUUCGAACUGUUCAAGAACGCGAUGCGAGCUGUGAUGGAGUGCCAUGAGAACUCCCCCCCACCCAUACAAGUCAACCUCGUCCGGGGGAGGGAGGACGUCAGUGUUAAGAUGUCAGAUCGAGGGGGAGGCAUAAGUCGGAGUGUGUCGGACCUCCUCUUCAAAUACAUGUACAGUACAGCGCCUCAGCCGUCCAAAUCAGACUCGCAAAACGUGCCGCUAGCUGGCUACGGCUACGGCUUGCCCAUAUCACGGCUGUACGCGCGGUAUUUCCACGGAGACCUAGUUCUCAUGUCGUGUGAAGGCUUCGGUACUGAUGCUGUCAUAUAUUUGAAGGCGCUGUCAAACGAAGCGAACGAACUACUACCAAUCUUCAACAGAACGUCUAGCAAGUUCUAUCGCACUUCACCCACGCCCGCGGACUGGUCCGGCCCCGUGCCUCACGUGUCUCGCAACCCUUCCCGUGACAAGCCAUCUCUGUCGCACAAGGCGUAAUGUCGCUGCGUUAGAGCGGGACGGCGAAACGUGUGACAAGGACAGUAAUAUUAAGUGCAAAGUGACAAAAUCACCCAUAAUUCAUCUCUGAACAAGCCAUGUCUACCCUGGACACUGAUAUUUUUCUUAUAAUUAUUUAAGGGACAUCUUAAUUUUUAGGACACCGUAAAUUUUUAACGACUCCGACUACGGUAUUUGAAGCUUUUUAAAACUGGAAAAGCACAAUUUUCAACAGAACUUCUAGUAAGUUCUAACGUACUUCAUCCACGCCCGCGGAUAGGUCCGGCCCCGUGCCUCAUGUGUCGCUCAAUCCUUUCCGGGACAAGCCGUCUCUGUCGCACAAGGCGUAAUGUGGUUGCGUUAAAGCGGGACAGCGAUAAGUGUGACAAGGACAGUAAUAUUAAGUAUAGAGUGACAAAAUCACCCAUAAUAAUUCAUCUAUGAAAUGCCAUAUCCACACUGGAUACUAAAACUUUUCUUACAAUUAUUAUUUAAGGGUCAUCUUAAUUUUUAAGCACACCUUAAAUUUUUAACGACUCCGAAUACGGUAUUUGGAGCUUUUUAAAAAUGUACAAGUAUCUUGAAAUUUUUAUGAGUUUAACACUGAAAAGCAAUCUCUUCAUUUUAAGAUGCCUUUAAAUUAUAAACGCGCUAUUUAUGGGCAGCUAUACUAUGUGAAACUCCAACACAGGCCGUCUCUGUCGUGCAAGGCGUAAUGUAACUGUGUUAGAGCAGGACAACUAGGUGUUAUAACUUGAUAAGCGACAAAAUCGCCCAAGGUUUUUUAUUAUAGAAGUAUUUGAGAUCUAUGAUCCAUCCUACAUCCUACCGCGAAUAUUAGAGUUUCUUAUAGUUAAAGGCAUCCUUUAAAAAGGACUUUGAAGACUCCUUUUUUUAAAUGACCUCGACUUACGCCUUAUUUUUGGCAAUUUUUCAUCAUUGUAUUUUUAUUGUAGCCCUCAAAUAUUUUGGGUAUUAUGGAUAAUUUAAGAAUAGCGAAAGAAUGAAAAGGGUAGAAAUGGGUAAAGAAUAACAAAAUCAAAUACAGUAUUACCACUUUUAUUAGUUACGACGAUGUACUUGCGCAGAAAUCUUAUUUUUGAAUGGCGCGAAAAUAUCUCAGCCAAUCACAGCGCACGUCCGUCCGCUA